AUGACUUCACUGAGUGGAUCCCCAAUGAGAUCUAAAAAUUCAUUUAUAAAUAGAUACAUGGCAAACUUGGAAAAUUCGGAUACAAAACUCCAGCCCACAUCACCUUCGAGAAUUAACUCAGUAAAUAAUUCCCCAAUUACCAAGCUUAACAUACAAAUUUCAGAUUUAUCUGAUGACAAGGAGAACAUAUCAUACAUGACGCCAAAAAGAACAAAAACAGAAGGUCCUGUAUUAGGACAGAACUUGCAAAGAACUUCGUCUUUGUCACCAUCCAAGACUUUAUGCUCUUCAUCUAGCUUAAUGAACCUCCCGAAAAAUUCAUCACCAUCGCAAUUAUUUGACGUUUCCACUUUGUCAAGGAAAGAUGCUAAAUAUUACGAAUUCCUCUGUAGAAUAACCGAAGCUAAGAAUUGGAUGGAAGAAAUAAUCGGGGAGCAAUUGCCAUCUGAAAUUGACCUGGUAGCUGGAAAUGCUAUGAGGGAUGGUGUUAUUUUGGCAAAAUUAACGCAGAAAAUGAAUCCGGGGUUAGUCAAAAAAAUUGUACCUCCUGGAAAUUCUUUACAAUAUACGCAUACCCAGAACAUCAACUCCUUCUUUGCGUUGGUGGAAAAUGUUGGAGUUCCCGAUAAUUUUAGAUUUGAAUUAACAGAUCUUUACGACAAAAAGGACAUAGCCAAAGUGUUUGAAACCAUUCAUGCGCUAGCUAACAUAAUAAAUAAAAAGUGGCCCGGACGAAUCUCGGAAAUUCAAAAUCUGUCAGGCUUGAUCUCACCAUCGCCAGAAAAUAUCAAAAUUUGUCAAAGAAAGCUACCUGCAAUACAUGAUUUCAGAUCUUUUAAAAGCGAGUAUUCUCCUAGUGCGUCCCCCUCAAAACCCAGCUCACAGGGACUGAUUGAUGACUUCACUUCAGAGACUGUUAUCCUUGAUAAACAAGCUACUACUAUUGAAAAAAAUGAAAAGGUUGGCCCUAAUCUCGUUAGCCCACCAGAAAUUCCACAAACUCCUACUAAAGAAGAUGUUCCGAACUUAUCUUUUCCACAUGUCCUCAACACAUCUCUCAUAGAUAUUCGGCGUCUUCCAGACCGAUCAAGUCCAUCAAGAACGCCCAUUGACUUGUCCUUGACACAAAUUCCUCAGUUGGAUUUCAAUCACAUAUACAGUCCAUCCAAGUCGUUCUCAUAUUACUCCCCAACCAUUUCACGGCAUUUAUCAUAUAAGACUGACGAGUUCAACUUUUAUUCCAGACGGAGGUUUGAACAAGACGAUGAUAGUGAUCACUAUGAUACUUUCAGAUACACAAAAAUUUCUUAUUCUCCAAUGCGGAAGAGGCGUAUGGCAGAGGUUGAUUUUCUUGAUGCCGUAACGGAAAUCCAAGCAAUUUGCAGAGGUGUGAACUGCAGAUUUGAUCUCCUACUGAAAGAAAGGAAAUUAGCACUCAUAGUUAAUUUACUUCCCCUAUUCCAAGCUAGGCUACGAGGAAAUUUGAUGAAAAAAUCGAUAAGUGCAAAGUUAAAGUCUCUAGAAUCCGAGGCUCUAUAUCCGCAAAUCUCCAAAUUUCAAUCUCUGGUAAAGGGGGUUCGUGUACGUCGGAGGUUAUUCAAUAUCAAGAUUGGUUUACUAAAGGUUGAGUUGUCGUUAUUCAACGUACAGAAUUUAUGUCGUGGGAUUGCCACAAAUAGAAAGUACAAGCAGGUCUUAACAAACUAUAAUAUCACUAAUCCACUAUUCCAGACUUUACAAGCAUAUGCUAAGGGUAAACUACUCAGAAUGAUUAUCAAUAGUAAGUGCAACACGAUAGCAUCGUACUCACAGGAAAUCAUAAUGAUUCAAGCCUUCGCUCGCGGAUUCAUCCUUAGGAAAAAUCGGCAAUCGAAACUUAAUUUGAUAAAUAAAGAAGGCGCUAGUCUUGUGAACUUACAAAGUGUAUUGAGGGCCAAAAUAUUUAGAAAGAAAAAGGCAGAGCUCGAUUUAGAGCUAGAACAUUUUGAACCUAACAGAAGAGCUUUUUUGGCGAUUUUGAGGGGAACAUAUGGGCGUUUAGGAAUAAAUUCUUUAGUAACGGCCGUUCGGGACAGCAAAGAUCCAGUAGUAUCUUUUCAGGCAUUAACAAAAGGUGUCCUAACGAGAUAUUCUCUAGAAUUAAUAGCAGAUUAUGUUGAGUCCAGCGAGAUUGCUGAAUUUCAGUGCCUAUGUAAGGGUUUUCUGCAAAGACGAAAUCUCGAGGUGAUGCAGGCUUACUAUGAGAGAAAUGCUUCAGAUGUUAUCAAAAUUCAAAGUCAUUUCCGCAGCGCACAAAUGAGAUGGGCAUAUCUGGAGUUUAUGUCAUCGGGGAACCCUAGUUUAUGGUCAGUGAGGAGGUUUGUACAUUUGGUAAAUGAACUCCACGUCUCUCACGAAUCAGAAAGUAAAUUGGAGGACCUGAAAUCACUCAUUGACCAAUCGAAUAAAGAUUUUGACAAAAAACAAUCCAAAGUCGAUCUUUUCAAAUCCAAGAUAAAUCUACUUCGAGAAAAUCAUUUUCAAAUCUCACUGAAUUUGAGUGAUGCAGAUGACACAUUGGCAUUGGAGAGUGAUGCUACAGGAACGUUAUCUGUUUUUGAAAAGUUGUUCUAUUUACUGCAAACUGAUACGUUCUAUUGGAAAGCCUUAUUUCGCGUAGAGCCGAGCUUCUCGUUGAAAUAUGUCACAAAAUCCUUUUUGUCAACGAACGGUAUGAUGGGUCGGAGAGAAAAUGUCUUUUUCAUCAAACUUAUUUCAGAUCUCAUAGCAGCCGAUAUCGAAGAAAGGCAUGAUAUUAAAAGCUUCUUAGUUAAUGAUCAGGUAUGUGUGUGGUCAGAAUUGGUGCACUACUAUCUGCUCCAUCAGAUACCCGAACUGAUGGUUGAGCUAUUCCAACCUGUUUUAGAUUACAUUACUAGGCCUGACAUCGAUUUCGAAGCAGUUCCGUCCAAUAUCUACCGAAACUUACAUCCUGAGAGGCCCGAAGUGACUUCCAGCGAAGCAAUUGAAGAUAUGGAAACAAAGUCAAAGUUCAUCAAUAAUUUGACCUGCAUGUGGGGUGCUGUGGAACUAGUCAGUGAAGCACUUUCUAGAAACUAUUCGCGAAUUCCAGAGGAUAUCAAAUAUCUGUGUACAAAGGCAUACAAAGCCGUCGCCGAUCGCAGUUCCGAGGAAAGUGAUGCCUUGCUUGCUAUCUCUAGAAUCCUGAUUGAGGAGUUUGUAUGUUACUUCUUCGAAAACCCAACAAAAUUUGGUGUGCAAAAACUGGGCCUUGCUUCCGCGGGUAAAGUGUCAAUAUUCAUCGAAUCAUUGAUUACCGUAUUCUCGUUUGAUGAUUUCCAGGGCUACAUGACUCCUCUCAAUCAAUAUGUGGAUCAAAUAAGAGGUGAUAUCGCAAUUUCUCUGAAAAGCAUGUUAACGUCCCCUGAAUUCGAAAAUCAUUGUGACAAAUUAAUUUACUUUGAUAUGAGUCAAGGAAUAAGGCCUCUACUAAAUAUCCCAAAACAGUAUCUAUUGGAUAUUGUUAACAAGCUGCAGUGUUGUAGUGAGAGCUUUCCGCACGAUGACGAAAUACACGUACUCUUCAAACUUCUAAAGAAAGGCGAUUGUCAAUCAAAAAUAAUGAAGGAUAAAAGGAAUAUUAUAAUAUUGAAGUUAAAUCCAAGUGCAUACAAGCUGUCCUCUAGUGAUGAUAGAGUCUCAUCGAUUUAUAACGAAGUUAAGAGGGGUUUAAGUUACAUGAUGCAGAUCGAAGAUAUUGAAACAAACCUCUACGACCUUCUCACGAGCUCUGUAAUACCAAGUGAUGAGCCAGUUUUCCAGAAUUUUUUGAAGAGCUCUGCGGCUAUUAGAAGUGAUCCUCUAUUCAAGGGCUUAAAAUCUUUAACUUAUUUCGAUCUGAAGGAACAUGUCCUGGAAAGAUCAUAUGAACUUAAACAAAUGGGUGCGUUAAACAUUGACGAUCACUGUCAGGGCCUAUUGAAUGACAUUGCCAAUACUAUAAAAUCUCGAAAAUUUGUGGUGAAAUCGAUAACAAAUGAGGUUGACGUUGCAGAGGCAACACUUAAAAAACUUGAUGCAAAAAACAGAUCCCUGCAAAAUCAAUUGCAGCUGUUGGAAAAAUCUGUUAUGCAAUCGGUAAAGACUGUUCAACGAUCGAACAAUUAUCUUCCAAUGAAGAAGAACGGAUUUGGAACCAAGUUGAAAGAUGCUUAUAGAAAAGUGCAUAACAAGUCAAGUGGUAGUUCAAACUGUUUGAGUUUGGAUUGGAGCGCAAGGAGACUUUAUGAGCUUGAAGUGCUGGUAGAUAUCACGGGCGAAAAUUUGGGCAAAGUGGCAGUGAAGUUUUUUGGAUCAAGUGGUCCUAAAUUUCCUGAAGUUUACUUUAAAAUCUCUACUUCAGAUGGUGAAAUGUUUGGUGUAGAGAUGAUUGAUGAAAGGAAAAAUGACAAAAAAUUCAAGGGAAACAACAUUGAUAGCUUCACCUUUAGGAAAUUGCUUGAAAUCUUGGCGCACAACCAACAUGCUCAGCUAACCUUCUUCUCUGCGCAAGCAAAAUUCAACGCUUAUCACUUAUUUCAAUUGAUUAUUGGAAUGUUCUACAAGCGUUAG